AUGGAUAGUGAUGACGAUGCGCGUGUUUGGGGGAUACCUGCUGACGCGCGCGCACACGAGACAGCUUCGGUCGACCUGGACGAGUGCAUCGCACGCCUAUACAAAAAGGAGCUCCUUGCUGAAUCCGUCAUUGAAGCGAUAUGCGCCAAGACGAAGGAGCUGCUGAUGCGGGAGAGCAACGUUGUGCACGUGGCUGCGCCGAUUACUGUUGUCGGGGACAUUCACGGGCAGUUUUUCGAUCUGAUUGAGAUCUUCAGGAUCGGGGGUUACUGUCCUGAUACGAAUUAUCUGUUUCUAGGCGACUAUGUCGAUCGUGGCAUGUUUAGUGUCGAGACCAUAUCACUCCUCGUCUGCCUGAAGCUUCGGUACCCGAAUCGCGUGCACCUGAUCCGCGGCAACCAUGAGUCCCGAGGCGUCACGCAGUCGUACGGCUUCUACACCGAGUGUUCGAGAAAGUACGGCAACGCCAACGUGUGGCACUACUUUACCGACAUGUUUGACUUUUUGACGCUCAGCGUGGUCAUCGAUAAUCAGAUCUUUUGCGUCCACGGGGGUGCGUACCAUGCUACCCCUCUUCCUCUCUAUCUUAUCUCCUCUCUCUCUCUCUCUCUUCCUCCAUCUCCUUCUCUCUCUCCCUCCCUCCCUCUUUCUUCCUCUAUCUCUAUUCUUGCUAAUUGUUCGGGAUGCGAAACAGGCCUGUCCCCCUCUAUCCACUCGAUCGAUCAGAUCAAAAUCAUCGACCGAUUCCGCGAGAUCCCCCACGAAGGCCCCAUGGCCGACCUGGUGUGGUCGGACCCGGACCCGGAGCGGGACGAGUUCUCCCUCAGCCCAAGGGGUGCGGGCUAUACCUUUGGUGCCCAGGUGGUCAAGAAGUUCCUGGCCGUCAACGGCAUGGGCCACAUCCUGCGCGCCCACCAGCUCUGCCAGGAGGGCUUCCAGGUCCUAUACGACGACAGGCUGAGCACGGUCUGGAGCGCACCAAACUACUGCUACCGCUGCGGAAACAUGGCCAGCGUGCUGGAGGUUGGCGUCAACGGGGAGCGCUUCUUCAACGUCUUCGCUGCGGCGCCCGAGAAUGACGUCCACAAGGAUAUACAGCAGGGUGGAGAGAGAGUGGCAGAUGGCGCGCUGCCGAACUACUUUCUGUAG